AUGUUAAAGGAAUGGUAUUCAUUUGAUUAUUUAUUUAUGAACUAUGCAUCUAUACCAAAAGACAAAAGACUUGGAUAUGGAAGAAUAUUAGCAGCUUACUACAUUAAUUUAGAAUUGGCUUUGCCAUUAGAAAAUUUACCAUCAUUAUUAUCUUGGAAUGAUAAAAUAUUGGAGGGAACAAAAAAUGGGAUAUUAAAAAUAAUAGAUAGAAAAAUGUUUGUUAAUGUUUUAUCAUUAGGGUAUGAACCAGGAAUCGUCGUAAUUAUACUAUUAAAAGAAGGCAGUCAUUUAGAAGCAAUGUAUUUUUUAUCACAUUUUAUGGAUAUAAGAAGUGAUUUAAUAGUUAGAUUAUUAUUAGAUAGUUAUAAUAUUAGUAAAAAAACGUUACCAGGAAAUUUUUUUUCAACACGUUUAUAUAAUUUAGUAGAUAUAUGUAUAGAAAAUUAUAAAAUUAUUCAAAAUAAUUAUAAUAAUAAUGAUAUAGAAAUUAAAAUAAAGCAUGAUGCAAUUAAAUUUUCAAAAGCAAUAUUAGAAAUUGAAAAAGUAUUUAAUAAUGGUAUUCUUUUAUCAACACUUAAAUGUUGUUGUAAAAGUUUUGAAAAGUUUAUAAAAUCAUACAAUUCAACAAAUAGUUUAUGGAAUUUUUGUGAAACAUUACAAUCAGAAGAUGUGGAACAAUUAAAUUCAAAAUUGUACUUUAUUUUUAAUAUAAUUAUAAAUCUUUCUUUUGAAUGUCACAAAUUGCAUGAAUUUUUAGAUAUUUUAGAAGUUUAUUUUAAAAUAAAUUCUUCUAUAAUUGAGGAACCAUUAGUAGAAGACAUUAAGGAAGAAAAUAAUUUAAAAAUUGACUAUGAUGUGUUGGAAAAAGCAUUCUUUUCCAAUAAAAUAAUAUCAAUGUUUUUGGAUAUAUUUCUAUUACUCGUAAAAAUAGAGUAUACUCAAAAUUUUAAAAAAGAGUAUGAAAAUGGUAAUGAAAAUGAGAGUAAAGCGUUAUUGAAAGAGAUAUAUAAGUUGUUUGGAGAAAAAGAUAGUAAUAUUAACUGCCUUAAAUUUGCUAUCCAAAAUAGUAAAAAAUUUGGUGAAAAAGCAUUUAUUGUACUAAAAGCAUGUAAAAAGAUUGGUAAAGAAAAAGUUUUAAAUAAUGUUAAUAAUUAUGGAUAUAAAUGUUAUGAAGAAAAUUUAUCAAUAAAUGAAGAAACAAAAAUUAUAUUUAGUAAUGAAAAUAUAUUGAAUAAUGUUAAUGAAAAAAUAAAAAAUAAACAUAAUUUAGAAAAUGAUAAUUGUAGUGUCAAAUUAUUACAAUUUUCUAAAAGUUUAGGUAUUUACAAAUUUUAUGAAAAUAUUGUAAAUGAUGAUAAAAUUGGCAAUCGUAUGUUUUUUAUAUCAAAAAUAUGGACAGGUUUUCCACUUAUUUCUAGUGGAUUAAUACCUUUGAAAAUUAAUUUAGAACCUAAAUUAUUUAUAAAUUUAUCAUUACCAGAAAAUGUUUUAAAUAAAACAGAUAUUAUAAAUGCAUUAAAUAUUUCAACAGAUUUUAACCAUCAUGAUAUAUUAAUUAAUAAAAUUAUGAAAACAUUAAAUUUGGUUAAAAAGACAGUUGAAGAAGUUGAAAGUAGAAGUGAAAUGAAGAAGAAUAUACAAAUGGUACGUUAUAAUAACAAUCACAUAGAUAAAAAAAUAGUAUCGAAAAUUAAUAAUUAUGUCAUAGAAGAUGUUGAGAUGAUGAUAAAAAAGGCCAAGAGUAUGGCUAAAAAGAGUGUAGAAAAAGAAAGGAUUGCUAGAAGGAAUAUUAAGAAAGAAGCAGAUUUAAAAAAGUCAUUUAAAAGUGAAAUUUUAGAGAUAAGAGUUUCAAAAGAUGAUAUCUUUCCAGAAAAUAGUGAUGAAAUAACAAAGAAUAAAGAUAAAGAAGAAGUAAUUUUAAAAGAAAAUCCAAAUUUUGUCAAAAAUGAUAUAUCAAAUUCUCAAAAAAAUAAAAUUAAUAAUGAUGAAAUUAUAAAAGAAAAAACAUUGAAUGAUAAUAUAAAUUCAAUAUACUUAAAUAAAGAAAUAUGCACAUUAUCAUCAAGUAAUAGUUCAAAUGUAUCAAUUAAUGAAAAUAAAUUAUCUACUUGUAGAAUAAAAAGACGUGUAAAAAAAAUACAAAAAAACAAUUCAAACAAAAAAAGCAAUAUUUUACAUAUAUCAUCAAACAAAAUUCAUCAACAAAAGAGCCAAGAAAAAUCUUCUUCUAUUAUAUCAUCAUUAUCAUCAUCAUUUUCUUCAUCAUCAUCAUCAUCAUUAAUAGAAAGAAAAAAUGAGGAUGAAUUAAUAUAUCCAGAUAAUCAAUCUUUAAAUAUAGGACCAAAAGAUGUAAUUAAUGAAAAAUUUAAUAAACCGAUUACUGUAACACGUCUUGACUUAAGAAGUUUAAUUUCACCUGUACCAGAUAAAAUUAUUACAGAAAAAGAGAUUUUGAAUAAAAAUACAAAAGAUUCAUAUUGUCAAACUAUGAAUAUUUCAUCAUUAGUUUCAUUAGAAAAUGAUAAAACACAUGAUUGUCUUAAUACAUAUAAAGAAAUUACUUCAAUGUCUACUAGAAGUGUAAAUGAUAAAAAAAAUUUGCCUUCAUCAAUUAUUACAACAAAUAUUCCAGACUGGUUAUGUAUGCUACCUCUAGAUUCAUCUAGGAAUAUUUAUAGUUCAAGAGUAUUAACAAUUAAAGAUCGUAACUUAUUGAAAGAGAUUAAAAGUAAAAGUUUAAAACAUGGUUUAAAAAAAAGAAAAGAUUUUGAUUCUGGUUUCAAUGAUGAUAUUCAUGACAAUUUUUUAAAUUAA